AUGGAAAGAGAUGGAUGUGAGCCUACGCCGCCGAUUCUUCAAAUUCUUCGACGUGCAGUAGCUGAGUUUGAUGUAGCCGAUGCCUUUCCGCUACGGUUGCUUUGCAGAGAUACCUUGAGGAUGGUUGGAGUCCUCAAGAAAAUUAUUCUCAAGUCAGAAGAACUCCUGAUCAUGGCUGCAGACCCUUUGAAUGAAUGUACAGUUGCAUCAAAUGGAUCAGUUGCAUCGAACUUUCCGCUUCUAGAAGCGGAACUUGCGGAUGCAUCAGAGGGUUGUAAUCUGCAACCAGUAGGGGGAGUCAUGCUUCGUUCCUUGAUUUUGCUUAGACGGCUUGUCGUCAAGCUGUCAGAAAUCGAGGACGAAGGAGUCAAAGCAGUUGUAGAGAACCUGUGUAGGCUUGAUUCUGCAAUCACAACCGGCCGUUUGGCCACCUUGCAUGCCUUUGCCGAGCGCGUGCGCGCUGCAACAGCAGAAGCUUUUGCAGUGAACAUGCUUCUUUUGUCUCGAAUUCUCAGCGACUUUGAGACGGAGCUGAUCCGCAUCAACGUGGCGGAAAUUGAAUAUGCAAAAUUUUGCUUGGCAUGUCCGAGGAGCAAAGUCGUUUCUUUAGAAGCCAUCCUUGCUGUUGAACAUGGUGGUGAUGAAACACCCCGUAGGCCAAACCGGCGAUGGCUUUGGGCAGAGCUGGGCUUGGAAGAAGAUGGGCUUGAGCUCUGGUCAGUGCAAAGGCUCCGACUGGAAGCCCAUUUACCUGAUGUUAAGAGGCAAGUGCUCUUUCAGCAGCGCUAUGCUCUUGCUUGCCCUGGUGACAAGCGAAAAUUUCUGGCAGCCAUGGGUUAUGGCCGUUCCUUGAAGGUCGCCCUACGAGCGGAUUGGCCGGUCAUGGCCAGAGAGCAGAGCCACCACAAUGCUGGGGUGAAAAUCGAUGCGUUUUCAGAAGCUGGUGCCUUGCUGCACAGCAAAAUAGUGCUGUGCAGGGCAGGUCCGACUUGCAGCACGCUACCAAGUGAGUGCAGAUGUUCACAAGAGAAGCAUCGAGAUGUAGCACCCGCGGAAAAAGUGCUUGGCCGCUUGGCAGUUUGCAUCCAAAGAAGCCUGCGCUUCGUCAUCUUCGGCCAACAU